CUGAAUGCCAGGAUACGGCAGAAGUCAAGAAGUUCUGCGAAGCCAACUACCACUGCAUAUACUUCAUCUUCUAUGAUGUCUUCAUUCAAGUGGAGGCAAGUCUAAGACAGAGGGCUCAUAAAGCACACAGGGAAGAACUGGAGUCUGUCUUGUAUAUAUUUGAGAAAAUUUUGACUCUUCUUCCGGAACUUCUACACCGGCGAUGGCAGUUCCACAGUAUAGGAAGAAUAAUGAAGAAGUUAUUACAUCCUGGCAAUGCACUACGUCUGCGAAAGGAAGCCAUGCGGCUGUUCCUCAUCUGGUAUCAGGUCCUCGGCGAGCGCAGCAGCGGCGAGCUCGACCUUAUCUAUGCAAGCCUCGUGCCAGGCUUCCCAAACCCAUCCAACAGCAGCGGCGCGCACUCCCUCGAGAGCCUCAUCAGCGACUCUGCGUACUCGAGCAGCCCCGUGUUCCACGACAGUGCCGUGUCUGCAGUGGAGAUUCAGCCGAUCCUGCCUCCACAGUCGGGAGAGAAGCAACUGGACAGUCCCUGCCAUUAUUUCAUGGAAUCCUUACUAGACUACUCCGUAUCUCAGGUUGUGCGUGUUGAGUGGAGCGAUGUGAAAAUGCACACGAUAUGCUUCGACUUUCUGUUCGAGCGAUUGAAGACGUUCUACUUGCCUUACAUAUUCCCCAACAUGUCACAACAGAUGAGCCUGUACCAGCCCAAGCUAACGCUGCCGGAGGUGAGGAAGCUGAGUGCGGGCGACGUGGACAGGGAGCGAGACGUCACUCUGUGUCAGGUCGCCGUCAUUCGGUGGAUGUGUCUGUUCAUGCACGAGCUGAAGAAACAUGACACGCUCACCAUCGGCUCUGUAAACUCACCAUCUAUAUCGGAUACGCUGAAAGACAUUCCCGAGACAGGCAAUGAAGGUGAUACUGACAGAAGCCAGAGUACGGAGGCCUCUGACACACCCACAGCAGAGGGAGACAGUUUGUCCUCAAGUAUAGGCAGUGCUGCCCCGCGCCACUCUAGCACAGAGCAAGAAAUUGUGAGAUAUGUGCUAAACUCAACUCGUGAAAAUGUCAACCUGGUACAUGAGGUGUUCAGGCAGGCAUUCUUCGUGCCGCCUGCACAUGCUGCCGCCAUACGGAGGGUUCUGUUCGCCUAUAAGGACUGGUUGCAGACAAUCAACAGCAGCGACAUGCCAUUAUUCCUGCAGGAACCUCUCGCGAAGGAACUCGAACUCAGGGCCAAAGAAGCAGCGAAUCGGAAGAGUGCGAUCUACACACCUCCGUUUCCGAGCGAAGACAUGUUGGACAAGCACUUCACGCAGGAAGAGCGCAAGAUGGAGGACGUGAGAGCCGGCAUGCAGAAUGUACUACAGGUGUUCAUGACGAAUGCAGCAAGCGUGUUCCUUCUCAAUGGUAACUGGGCGCUGGCGUCACACCUCGACGAUCACAUCGACAUCUGCAAGCGCGUGCUCAGCAUCUACCGCUACGUAGUCAUGAACGUCACCAUGGCGACUGCCACCUGGGAGCAGUUACUAAAGGUACUCAUGCACGUCAUCAGCUCCGUAUUGGAAGGCAGACCAGCCAUCAAGGAGAAGACUCUCGGUGGACGCCUCGCAUCUGUUCUGUUCCAGACGCUCAUCGUCACUUGGAUUAAAGCUAACCUCAAUGUCUACAUCUCGGCUGAGCUGUGGGACCAGUUCCUGAGUGUGCUGUCCAGCCUCACGCACUGGGAGGAGCUCGUGCAGGAGUGGUCGAAGACGAUGGACACACUGACCCGUGUGCUCGUGCGCCACGUCUACAGCCUGGAGCUUAACGACCUGCCUCUCGACAGACUCACCGAGCAGAAGCGCAAGCGCACCAAAGGUCAGAAUUGCUGUGUGGAGUCGUCCAGACAGGAUCAGCAUAGACUGGCGGCUGGCACGUUCACGCGCAAUUGGAGCCGCUACAGCGGGCCUCCUGCCGUCGGCAACGGUUACGAGAAUCGCGAGUGCCUGUCUCCGGCCGACAAGCUGGAAAACUCCGGCACACUGCUGCGCUCUAAAGAGGAGUACGGGCGGGUGCGGUCGGUGAGCGGGGGCGAUGUAACAGAGCAGCCACGCCCCAUGAGCCUGGGUACCACGGUAACCCUGCCUCUCGUCCGCAGCACCAGCGAUGGAGAUCUUUCGUCUAAGGACAACUCGCCUGACUGCUUACAAGGGGGAGAGGAGAUAAUGCUGGCUUCACGAGGAAGAAUGUCCGACGAUCCACAGCUUCUUAAAGCAUUCGCAAUGAAUCAUGCCACGUCGUUGGAGGAGGAAGGCAGUAAGAUUUACCAGGAUCAAGAGUACGAUGAGGAGGUGGCAAGCAUCUCUGUGAGUGGUGAUUCGCACAGCAUCGAUCGGCUCUCCCUCGGCGCCACCCUGCUGGAGAGAAGUGAGCGAGGCUCCAGCACCCCCUCUCCACCCGGGAUGAACUUUGAGGUGGGAUCGCACUCGCGGAGUGUGUCUCCUUCCUCGUUCGACACGAGAGCCGUGCAGGAGACAGGAGAGGUCGUCAGCAUGCCCAUCGAUGUCGUUGUCACCGACGACGGGCAGGUGAAAGUCACAGAUCUGGAGAAUCAGGGCUGUGUGCUUGCGGGAGGCUGCGUUCAGGGCUGGCUUCCUGAUUCCGCUGUCGUACUAUGGCAGCGGAUGCUUGGUUGCCUCGGUAACGUCAACAAGAUCAAGGAUCCAAAGAUACACGCACAAGUGAUGGAGUACAUUUGUAACCUGUACAACGUGCUCCUCAAGGUACGGCUCAAUCAGGGAGUGAGCGGGGACAGCCAGACGUCGCCACCUCCACCAGCUCUCAUCCCUCCGCUGCACGUGUUCGCACCUUGGCUGUUCCAAUCGAUACUUGAGCAGACGGAUGAGUAUAAAAAGGGGAAGCUGAUUGCCUACAAGCUGCUGUGUAUGGAGACAUGUCAGAGGCAUGACAUUGAGCUACCGCCCGAGUAUCUCUCACACCUCUACAGCAUCCUUCACACGGGCCUUGUCAGCUCCGAUCAGGACGUCGUGAACACGAUCGUGCGCUACAGCAGUCCGCGCUUCUUCUCACUCUGUCUGCCCGGCGCCACCAUGCUGCUGCAAGGCUACAUGCACGCUGCCAACACCAUCCUCGCCACGACGGGCAUGAGAGAGGAGCGAGGACCGAAGCCGUGUCACUGCUCGGUCUCUCAUCUGCUUUGCUAA